AUGCGCCUCUCCAACCUCACUUACUUCACCCUCACCACCCUCUCCCUCGCAUCACCCCUCCAACCCCGCCAAACCCCAGAAUCCUCCAUCGAAUCCCUCCUAACCAGCCUCUUCGCAACCGUCCAAACCUACACCGGCGCAAUAAAUGCCACCCUCGCCCCCCUCACCCCGUCCUCCCCUUUGCUAGAAAAAACAGCCGCAAUCCCGCAAAUCGGAGCUCAAAUUAUAAAAAUCACGCAAGCGAUCCAGGAUACCGCUUCCGAAAUACGU